CGUUGAUUUUGUGCAAAUUAAAGUAAUUCUACAUUUUUUUUUUUUGGAGUGAACCAGUUUAUGUGUUUUGUAAUUUGAGUGUCAAACUUAAAGCGCAAAAAGAAUUCCACAGCGCAAAAGCCAGCGGUGAAAGCGUUUUCGACAGGCGUUUCAUAUUUCUUCUGUUAACAAUCAAUUUGCCAACAAGAUGUCACCACCGGCGUUGCUAAGCAAAGAUACGCCCGAUAUUGAGGAUCUCUUGUCGCUAAAUCCACGCGUGAAGACGCAGUGCAGCGUGGUGCCCACAAAGCAGACUAAGGAGAACAAGAAGCACUGGAAGCGCAAUGCUGACCACACGGCCACCCCGUGCACAACACUGUCGAACAACUUUGAGGAUAUUAAGCAUACGACGUUGUCGGAGCGUGGAGCACUGGAGGAGGCAGCCCGUUGUCUGAAGUGCGCGGAUGCCCCUUGCCAAAAGUCCUGCCCCACGCAGCUGGACAUCAAGAGUUUCAUCACGAGCAUUGCGAACAAGAAUUUCUAUGGAGCUGCCAAGGCCAUAUUCUCGGACAAUCCACUGGGCUUGACCUGCGGCAUGGUGUGUCCCACGAGCGAUCUCUGCGUGGGCGGCUGCAAUCUGCAGGCGAGCGAGGCGGGUCCCAUCAACAUCGGUGGACUGCAGCAGUUUGCCACGGAGGUGUUCAAGCAGAUGGGCGUGCAUCAGCGACGUGGACCGCUGCUGCAGCCGCUGGCACAGCCAAAUAAGAAGAUAGCACUGCUGGGCGGUGGUCCGGCUUCGUUAUCCUGCGCUACAUUCCUGGCGCGCUUGGGCUACGAGGAUAUAACGAUCUAUGAGCGACGCAGUUACUCUGGCGGCUUGAGCGCUGCGGAAAUUCCGCAAUACCGUUUGCCCAUUGAGGUGGUCAAUUUCGAAAUCGAUUUGGUCAAGGAUUUGGGCGUGCGCUUUGAAUACAAUCGCUCGCUGAGCGCCAAGGAUUUGACAGUGCAGGGUUUGCUCCAGAACAAGCACGAUGCCGUCUUUGUGGGCAUUGGGCUGCCGGAGCCCAAGCUGGAUGACAUGUUUGCCGGACUCAAUGUCGACUCUGGCUUCUAUACCUCGAAGAACUUCUUGCCUGCCGUCUCCGACGGCUCCAAGCCCGGCUUAUGCGCCUGCAAGGCUUCCCAGGCACUGCCACGCCUCUAUGGUAAUGUCAUUGUGCUGGGCGCCGGUGAUACUGCCUUCGAUUGCGCCACGUCUGCUCUGCGUUGCGGCGCUCGUCGUGUUUUUGUGGUCUUCCGCAAGGGCUCGACGGGCAUACGCGCUGUGCCGGAGGAGGUGGACCUGGCGCGUGAGGAGCGCUGCGAGCUGAUGCCGCACUUGAGUCCACGCAAGGUGGUGGUCAAGGAGGGUCGUAUUGCCGCCAUGGAGUUCUGUCGCACUGAGCAGAACGAGCAGGACGAGUGGGUGGAAGAUGAGGAGCAGCUGGUGCGUUUGAAGGCCAACUUUAUAAUCUCUGCCUUUGGCUCUGGUCUGGAGGAUGCCGAUGUCAUCGAGGCCUUGCAGCCACUGAAGUUCCAACGCUCACUGCCAAUUGUGGAUCGCCAGACCAUGCAGAGCAGUUUGCCCCAGGUGUUCAUUGGCGGCGAUUUAGCUGGCGUAGCCAAUACCACCGUGGAGUCGGUCAAUGAUGGCAAGGUAGCCGCUUGGAGCAUGCAUUGCCAGCUGCAGGGCUUGCCCCUGGAUACACCCGCUCAGCUGCCGCUCUUCUAUACGGACAUUGAUCGAGUUGACAUCAGCGUCGAGCUCUGCGGCAUGAAGUUUGAGAAUCCUUUCGGCUUGGCUUCGGCGCCGCCCACAACCAGCGCUGCCAUGAUACGUCGCUGCUUUGAGCAGGGCUGGGGCUUUGUGGUGACUAAGACAUUUGGCCUGGACAAGGAUUUGGUGACGAAUGUCUCACCGCGCAUAGUGCGCGGCACUACCUCCGGCUAUAAGUAUGGACCACAGCAGGGCUGCUUCCUCAACAUCGAGCUCAUCUCGGAGAAGCGCUUGGAGUACUGGCUGCGUUCCAUUGCCGAGCUGAAGCGUGAUUUUCCCGAGAAGAUUAUCAUUGCCAGCAUUAUGUGCAGCUACAACGAACAGGAUUGGACAGAGUUGGCCACGCAGGCGGCAGCGUCUGGUGCAGAUGCGCUGGAGCUGAAUCUAAGUUGUCCACAUGGCAUGGGCGAGAGCGGCAUGGGUUUGGCCUGUGGUCAGGAUCCAAAUCUGGUUGAGGGCAUCUCGCGUUGGGUGCGCAAGGCGGUCAAGCUGCCGUUCUUCAUCAAGCUUACGCCCAAUAUAACAGACAUUGUUUCCUUGGCGCAAGCAGCGCAGCGUGGCGGUGCUGAUGGCGUCUCCGCCAUUAACACCGUCCAGGGUUUGAUGAGCCUCAAGGCCGACGCCACGCCCUGGCCCUCAGUGGGCAAGGAGCAACGCACCACCUAUGGCGGCGUUUCGGGCAAUGCCACACGUCCCAUGGGUCUGCGCGCCGUUUCGGAAAUUGCACGCAAGCUGCCUGGCUUCCCUAUAUUGGGCAUUGGUGGCAUCGAUUCUGGCGAUGUGGCACUGCAGUUCCUGCAGGCAGGCGCCACGGUGCUGCAGGUUUGCUCAUCCGUGCAAAAUCAGGACUUUACGCUUAUCGAUGACUACUGCAGCAGCUUGAGGGCACUGCUCUACUUAAAGGCCAAUCCACCACCAGUGAAUGGCGUCUUCUGGGAUGGCCAGUCACCACCCACGCCUGUGCAUCAGAAGGGCAAGCCUGUCGUGCAUCUUACAGGUCCUGGCAACAAGACUCUGGGCUUCUUUGGUCCUUAUCAACAGCAGCGUGACAUUAAGUUGGCCGAUUUACGUCAGAAGCAGGGCGCCUUCUGGGAUGCCGAGCAUCAGAGUACACCCAGCGCUGACAGCACAUCAGCUGUUGUGACCAAGGCCGCGCCUAAGGUGGCAGAUGUCAUUGGUGCAGCCUUGCCACGCAUUGGAGCCUAUAAGAGCCUGGACAACAAACAACAAAAGGUGGCGCUCAUCAAUGAUGAUAUGUGCAUCAACUGUGGCAAGUGCUAUAUGACUUGCGCAGACUCCGGGUACCAGGCCAUUGAAUUCGACAAGGAUACGCAUUUGCCACAUGUCAAUGAUGACUGCACUGGUUGCACGCUUUGCGUUUCCGUCUGUCCCAUUAUCGACUGCAUUCGCAUGGAGCCAAAGAAAAUUCCGCAUGUCAUCAAGCGCGGCCUGGGCGAAGAGAAGACCUUCUAUACACACGCACUUACGCCCAGCCAAUAAUAUAAUAAAUAUUAUAAACAAAACUAUUUCUGUACUGUCAGACCAGCAUUUCAAUAAAUAAU